AACACAAUAUUCUCGAGUUGAUAAAUAUGUGCAGAUAAUGAUUUUCGAAGAAACCAGCAGGUUUGGUCAAGGUUAGACAAGUCCAAUAUCCAGUGAUGUCAAAGGAAAUCACAUGUCCGAUGAUUCAUGUAAGAUCGCACAGAAAUCGCGACUGCGAAUCUAGUCAGGUCUACUUUGUUGGGUAUAUAAGUAACAACUAUCACUUUCUGGAGAUAUCAUUUUUAAAUGCAAAACAAUGGAUGCUGACCUUUUUAUUGAAAAUGAUGAAACUAAACAGUCAUCCUCUGUCACAUAUAAAGUUGUUAAAGAAUACGAACGAGCUGUAAUAUUUCGACUGGGUCGUUUUUCCAAAGGAGGUGCUGCAGGACCUGGUCUGUUUUUCAUACUUCCCUGCACUGAUGUUUACCGUAAAGUAGAUCUAAGAACAGUAUCUUUCAACGUCCCACCUCAAGAGGUUUUGACAAAGGACUCCGUUACCGUUGCUGUAGACGCCGUUGUUUAUUUUCGAAUCAGUGACGCAACAGUUGCCGUGUCGAAUGUCCGUAACUAUGCUUCGUCCACUCAAUUGUUAGCAAUGACAUCACUAAGAACGGUCCUAGGCACAAAAAGUCUAUCUGAAAUACUAUCCGAAAGAGAGCAAAUCAGUCACGUGAUGCAGACCGGUUUGGAUGAAGCAACUGUGUCUUGGGGUGUGAAGGUGGAGCGAGUUGAAAUCAAAGACGUUC